AUGAAAUAUUAUAAUAAUAUUUCAAAUAAUUUUCCAGGUGAAUUAUUUAAAUAUAUUUAUAAAGUAUCGUUAUUUGAUGAACGUCGAUUUGAACAUGAAUUUUUUCUUCAAAUUGCUCAAUUAUUUCUAUUUAUGAAAGAAUUAACUGUAAAUAAUAACAAACCGCCGAAGAAUAAAUUAUAUAAAAAAUCAAAGAACAACACUCAAGAUUUAUCAACUAUUAAAUAUCUUCAUCUGACUAAACUCAAUCUUUAUGAAGCUCAUGAUAAUUACGUCGAAGAAUUCCUGGUUGGUACAGAGAUGUAUUUUUCUAAUAAAGUUCAUCUUUCUGUCUAUUAUCAAGCACUGAACAGAGUUACGGAAAAUUUCUCAAGACAUGCAACACGAAUCAAUUGUGAAAAAGUGUAUUCUUUAUAUCUACAUGGUGAAUAUAAAUUACUAAACAUCUAA